ACGCGCUGGCCGCUCCCCCUUCCUCUGCAUUCGCGCUAGGGGUUGGGGGCGCUAGGGUGCAUAGUCGUCCGCUUGGAGUCCUAAGCAGUUGUCCGCGUAUGCCCGAGUACAGAACAAGCGUCGCGAAACAGAAGGACGUGGCAGGCAGGAUGUCAUUUUCAAAAUGCGGGAUGAUGCCUCUGCCUCAUUAAUUGCCAAAGGAAGGUUGCUACACCUAGACCGAUGCUUGUCGAUCAUCACCGUUAUUUCGACUAACGCCCUGUGUCAUUGAGUAUAUCUGUUAAGAUGCCUUAGAAAAAGAACCAUGGAGAAGUAUAUUAGACUACAGAAGAUUGGAGAAGGUUCAUUUGGAAAAGCUAUUCUUGUUAAAUCUACAGAAGAUGACAGACAAUAUGUUAUCAAGGAAAUUAACAUCUCAAGAAUGUCCAAUAAAGAAAGGGAAGAGUCAAGGAGAGAAGUUGCAGUGUUGGCAAACAUGAAGCAUCCAAAUAUUGUCCAGUAUAGAGAAUCAUUUGAAGAAAAUGGUUCUCUCUACAUAGUGAUGGAUUACUGUGAAGGAGGCGAUCUGUUUAAACGAAUUAAUGCUCAGAAAGGCAUUUUGUUUCAAGAGGAUCAGAUUUUGGAUUGGUUUGUGCAGAUCUGUUUGGCCUUGAAACAUGUACAUGAUCGAAAAAUUCUUCAUCGAGACAUAAAGUCACAGAACAUAUUUUUAACCAAAGAUGGGACAAUACAACUUGGAGAUUUUGGAAUCGCUAGAGUACUUAAUAGUACUGUGGAACUGGCUCGAACUUGCAUAGGGACCCCAUACUACUUGUCACCUGAAAUCUGUGAAAACAAACCUUACAAUAAUAAAAGUGACAUUUGGGCUCUGGGGUGUGUCCUGUAUGAAAUGUGCACACUUAAACAUGCAUUUGAAGCUGGCAGUAUGAAAAACCUGGUACUGAAGAUAAUAUCUGGAUCUUUUCCACCUGUGUCUUUACAUUAUUCUUAUGAUCUCCGCAAUUUACUCUCUCAGUUAUUUAAAAGAAAUCCUAGGGAUAGACCAUCAGUCAACUCCAUAUUGGAGAAAGGUUUUAUAGCCAAACGCAUUGAAAAGUUUCUCUCACCUCAGCUUAUAGCAGAAGAAUUUUGUCUAAAAACAUUUUCCAAGUUUGGAGUGCACCCUAUACCAGCUAAAAGACCAGCUUCAGGACAAAGCUUGGCUUCUGUUGUGUCUGCUCAGAAAAUUACAAAGCCUGCCGCUAAAUACGGAGUACCUUUAACAUAUAAGAAAUUUGGAGAUAAAAAAUUACAUGAAAAGAAACCACUUCAAAAACAUAAACAGGCCCAUCAAAUUCCAGUGAAGAAAGUGAAUCCUGGAGAAGAAAGGAGGAAAAUGUUUGAGGAAGCAGCAAGAAAGAGAAGGUUGGAAUUUAUUGAAAAAGAAAAGAAACAAAAGGAUCAGAUUAGUUUAAUGAAGGCUGAACAGAUGAAAAGACAGGAAAAGGAAAGGUUGGAGAGAAUAAAUAGGGCCAGGGAGCAAGGAUGGAGAAACGUGCUAAGUGCUGGUGGAAGUGGUGAAGUAAAGGCUCCCUUUUUUGGCAGUGGAGGGGCUGUGGCUCCAUCACCUUUUUCUUCUAGAGGACAGUAUGAACAUUAUCAUGCUAUUUUUGAUCAAAUGCAACAGCAAAGAGCAGAAGAUAAUCAAACUAAAUGGAAAGGAGAAAUAUAUGGCCGAAGACAUCCAGAAAGAGGAAUUUCACCUGGACUACAUCUAGGAUUUCCUAAUGGGGCUAUAGGUCAUCACCAUUUCCCAAAUCCUGAUGCUAUUAGAAAAUCUUUGAAAAGAUUGAAGAUUGUAUCUAAACAUGCCAAUACAAACAGGCAAAAAGGGCAACUAGCUGUGGAAAGAGCUAAACAAGUGGAAGAGUUCCUACAGCGAAAACGGGAAGCACGGCAAAAUAAAGCUCGAGCCGAAGGGCAUAUGGGAAUCCUGCAAAACCUGGCAGCUAUGUAUGGAGGCAGGUCCAGCUCUUCAAGAGGAGGGAAGCCAAGAAACAAAGAGGAAGAGGUUUAUCUGGCAAGAUUGAGACAAAUAAGACUGCAGAAUUUCAAUGAGCGCCAGCAGAUUAGAGCCAAACUUCGUGGUGAAAAGAAAGAAGCUGAUUGUUCUGAAGGACAAGAAGGAAGUGAGGAGGCUGACGUGAGGCGUAAAAAAGUUGAAGCACUUAAGGCCCAAGCAAGUGCACGUGCUGCUGUACUAAAAGAACAAUUAGAGCGAAAGAGAAAGGAAGCAUAUGAGAGAGAAAAGAAAGUAUGGGAAGAGCAUUUGGUGGCUAAAGGAGUAAAGAGUUCUGAUAUGUCUCCGCCACUGGGACACCCUGAAGCAGGUGGCUCGCCAUCAAAGCAACAGAUGAAAUCUGUUAUUUCUGUGACUUCAGCUUUGAAAGAAGUGGGUAUGGACAGUAGUUUAACUGAUAUCCAGGAAACCUCAGAAGACAUGCAGAAGACUAACAAUGCUAUUUCAAGUAAGCGAGAAAUACUCCGUAGAUUAAAUCAAAAUCUUAAAGCUCAAGAAGAUGAAAAAGGAAAGCAAUGUCACUCUGAUACAUGUGAAGUGGUCGUUAGUGAAGACACCAAAGAGCCCGAAAAGGAAAAAUCGGUUUCAUCUGAUCGCAAGAAAUGGGAGGCGGGAGGGCAACUUGUGAUUCCCCUGGAUGAGUUAACAUUGGACACAUCCUUCUCUGCAACUGAAAAACAUACAGUGGGAGAGGUUAUCAAAUUAGAUCCUGGUGGGUCUCCAAGAAAAGUCUGGGGGAGAAGCCCUACAGAUUCAGUUCUGAAGAUACUUGGAGAAGCUGAACUACAGCUUCAGACAGGACCACUAGAAAACACAACCGUUAGACGUGAGAUUUCUCCUGAAAUGGAGAAGUACAAACCUUUAAUUACUGGAGAAGAAAAAGUAAAAUAUAUUUCACUUGAAAUGAAUCCGUCAGCUACUGUUGAUUCUUCUGUUGAAACAAACAGUCCAGAGUUUAAUGAGGCAUCUCCACAGACGUCACUGAAACCAGAAGGAAAUGUGGAUGAACCUGAUGGCUUGGAAACAGAAGUUCUACAAGAGCCAGAUGGAGCAAACAAAAAUGGUAGCUUGCCAUGCACGAUUAUUGAUGUAUGGAUUAGUGAGAUAAAAGAUACAAAGGAAACUGAGUUGGAAGAUAGGAUCAUUGUUCAGCAAGAUGAAGUUACUGAAGAUGGAAUCCCAAGGAAUGUGGACCACCUUAGUGAAGUUGAUAUAAGAACUGAAAUAGAUGAUUCUCAGCACUCCAAAUGUGAUGUAGAUAAAUCUGUGCAACCAGAACCAGUUUUCCAAAGAGUGGUUCUUUCAAAACACUUCAACGUAGUCUCUCAAAUUCAAUCAAUUCUGUGUUCACCAGAAGAAUCCUUUCCACUUCGAUCUCGCUCUGAUUCACCACCAAAAAAUAAAAACAAGAAUUCCUUGCUGAUUGGACUUUCAACUGGUCUAUUUGAUGCAAACAACCCAAAGAUGUUGAGGACAUGUUCACUUCCAGAUCUCUCAAAAUUGUUCAGAACACUGAUGGAUGUUCCCACUGUAGGAGAUGUUUGUCAAGACAAUCUUGAAAUAGAUGAAAUUGAAGAUGAGCAUAUUAAAGAAGGACCUUCUGAUUCUGAAGACAUUGUAUUUGAAGAAACUGACACAGAUUUACAAGAGCUUCAGGCCUCUAUGGAACAGUUACUUAGGGAACAACCUGGAGAAGAAUACAGUGAGGAGGAAGAAUCCAUCUUAAAAAACAGUGACAUAGAGCAGACUGCAAAUGGGACAGAUGUAGCAGAUGAGGAUGACAAUCCCAGCAGUGAAAGUGCCCUAAAUGAAGAAUGGCAUUCAGAUAACAGUGAUGGUGAGAUUACUAGUGAAUGUGAAUAUGAUAGCGUCUUUAAUCAUUUAGAGGAACUGAGACUUCACCUGGAGCAGGAAAUAGGCUUUGAAAAAUUCUUUGAGGUUUAUGAGAAGAUAAAGGCUAUUCAUGAAGAUGAAGAUGAAAAUAUUGAGAUUUGUUCAACAAUAGUUCAGAAUAUUUUAGGAAAUGAACAUGAACAUCUUUAUGCCAAGAUUCUUCAUUUAGUCAUGGCAGAUGGAGCCUAUCAAGAAGAUAAUGAUGAAUAAUUAUUGGAAAAUUCUUUAAUCCUCAACUGUAUGAAAGCAUUUACAUUUGGCUCAUCAGGAAAACAAGCUGCAGUGGGAAAUAUAGCAAUUUUAUACAAAUAUCAGAUUUAAGGUGGGCAUGCUGACUGCAUGAAAAAGAUGGAGAAACAUGCCAUUUUUCAAUUAAGAUUCUAGUAUUUUAUCUAUUUUAUUUUGUUCAUUAAGUUCUAUAGUUACCUCUUACAGAAUAUUUAUUAAAUUAUCCAACCAAAGCAUAAGAGACAUUGAUCCAGAACUGGACUUAAUGGUUUUGAAAAAGAUUUACCAGUGCAGUAAGGUAACUUUCAAUUUCAGCAAGUGUGUUUAGGUUGAAAGAAUUACUUAAGUUAUGAAAGACUUGCCUCUGGUUUUUCAUUUAAAUAUUUAAGCAUGACCUUUUUUUCUGUCUACAUGUUUUCAUAGCCAGCAAUUUGGUGUUAUUAUAAUAACCUUGUCAAGGGCUCUAUUUAAAUUUUUACAUUUUAAAGAUGGAAUUUUUAGCCUUAAAGUUUAUAUUCUCAGUCCUUUUUCAACCAGUGUGUCUCCUGAACUAGUUCAGUGGAACAGGCUAUAGAAAUGGUCUUAGAAAUCAUUGAAAAAUUUGAUUAUGGAAAAAUAGCAAAAUUUUAUUUCCUGAUAUUGAAAAAAGUUGGUUAAUUACUUGUUUCUUUUUAAGGACCAGAAUCAGGAAUAUUAUAUCUAAAAAUCAGUCUGUGAAUUUUAACAUCGACAUAGCAUAUAUCAUAAAGUUGCCCUUUUUGCUUUAACUUCCUCUCGUGUAUAUGCUUCCAAGGCAGUACAGAAAAAGGAGAAAAGAAUCAUUUUUAUUUUGAUACUGUGACAGUUUGGGUAACUAAUAUUCCAAAGGGGGGAAAUGUUUGCCUAUUUUAUUUCCAUUAUGGUCAUUAAAAUGAUGGUCACACAGUUUCGACUGCAAUAUGCCAGGUUUCAUUAGAGAUGUCUUAAGUCCAGAUGCUUUUAGUAAUAAAAGCAUAAUUUUUGAAACCCAGAGUACAGAGCAGCCCAAUUGGCAUAAUCUGUAAUUUGAACAGUAAAAUCUUAUCUUGCAGCACUAUCAGGACUGUGCUGAGUUUAUUAUGUAUAUUAUUUCUAACAUCCAAAACUAAAUACUUGAUUUUUAUAUGUUUGUUUAUUUUAUGAUAUUACUAUUAAAAUUUAUAUUCUCUACCUGAAGUACAC